ACCACAUACCAUAUUUAUUACUUCAGUCCUAUAGUGCCUUAGGUGAGGUAUAAUGUGGCAAUUUUAUUAGUUAUUUGGAUUGUAGUCAAUAAUAAUAAUAAUAAUAAUAAUAAUAAUAAUAAUAAUAAUAGCGUGCGUGUUUGUGAAGAGGAAACAGGCCACACAGACCCGUUAAACGCGCUCAUUGAAGACGCACAGCGCGUCGGUGGCAUGCAGUGGAUUUUACGCUACCGCCACCGCGAGUUGCAGGAGGCGCGCAUGCGCACUGACCACAAGCGGCCGGUCUUUAAAAAAAAAAAAGAAGGAAAAAAAAAAAGGAUUCCUUAUGCCAACCGAUGUAAUCAAGGCGAAGAAUUAUCUCUUAUCUCUGGGCAUACAUGGUGAUAUUCCCAUGGGAUCAGAGAGGAUGGAGAUGCGAAAGAGGCAGAUGUCGGGGCAGCAGGAGCUGGUGGCGGGAGGCACAACGACGGGAACGGUGCCAGCCCAGCCCGAGCAGGCUGGUCAGGGCGAGCGCGCCUCUAACGCCUGCUGUUUCUGCUGGUGCUGCUGCUGUAGCUGCUCAUGUCUCACUGUUAGGAAUGAAGACAGGGAGGAGAGGAACCGGAAAGCCUCGCACGACAUCAAAGCUGAGGACCCCGGUGACUGCGAGGAGAGUCCAAAGCCCACUAUGGAUGAAGUGUGCUCAUGGGGGCAAUCCUUUGACAAGUUGAUGCGUUGUCCUGCCGGACGUUGCGCCUUCCGGCAGUUUCUGCGCACCGAGUUCAGCGAGGAGAACAUGCUCUUCUGGCUAGCCUGUGACGAGUUCAGCAAGGAGACCAACAAGAGCGUCAUCAAGGAGAAGGCACGCCUCAUAUACGAGGACUACAUUUCCAUCCUCUCACCCAAAGAGGUGAGCCUGGAUUCACGCGUCCGGGAGGUAAUAAACAAGAACAUGCUGGAGCCCACGUCUCACACGUUUGACGAUGCCCAGCUCCAGAUUUACACGUUAAUGCAAAGAGACUCGUACCCACGCUUCAUGAACUCCCCUGUCUACAAAAACCUCCUCAAGAGCGUCUCAGAGCAAUGUCCAGAAUCCUAAAUCUCUGUGAUCCCACUCGAAUUCUCCCUUACUCUUCUUCUUUUUGGGUUCCUUUUUCAUUACGUGGAGUUUGGUUUUUAAAAAAAAGAAAAAAAAAACAAAACAAAAAAAAAAGGACCUCACCGUGGGUCCUCCCAGGGAUUUUACCACAUUAGAGAUUCUGUACCUGAACAAGACACUCAGGUCUCCAGGUCACUGGAUUGUCAAACAACGUCUCAAAUCUCCUGAGGGCUCAAUACCACAAGUACUGCUACGAAUCAACAUAGCAAGAAGCUCCAAAGGAUUAUCAGCGCAUUUUCAUCUUUUGAAGCGAAAGCGUCUCUUUUAUUUGUUUUGAAUCGUCGCAAUUACAAACCGUGUUUUUUUUGGGUUUUUUUUGUAUUUACUUUAAAAGAUGAUGUGAUGCCCAGUAUAGGCUAUUUACAGUAUACGCAUUAGAUAUAUUUAUGGAUUUGUAGUAUAUUUCACGGAAAAAAAAAAAAAAAAAGAAGAAGAAGGAUUUAUGGUGUAACAGGACACGUUCGGUUCUAGACAAUGCGUAUGAGAAUCAAAGAUCAAGUCAAGUCGAGGCAACACAUUGUGUUUACUCAAAGGAAACUGUGUGCUGAACUAUAUUUCACUACCUGUCCCCUGUCAUAAUAACCUAGCAUGUCCAAUUGGAAAAGAUCUUUCUUACUUAUUUAUGGCAGGGUUUUGUUUUUUUUUUUAACUUAAAACUACUAUUAACAAUAGACAAAGAGUGAAACUAUACAUUUCUGGUCAAAAGACAUGAUACAAGUCUUAAAAUGCCCAAACGUCAUGUUGAUGAACUUUUGUUUUUUCUUCUUCUUUGAUGGCUUGAAAAUUGCUGGCUAUUAUAUGACGCUAAUAUAUUACGGUAAAUAGACACGGACACCGUAUCUCACGUAGUAUAUAAUUUGGCUCGGUAUCCAGAGCACAAGCCGAUUUCUGUCCUUUAUCGUAGCAGUUGUGAUAAACCCUUCUGAGAUCAGGUUUGAAUCGUUGUUUCUUUAACACGCGGUUCUUGACACGAGCUCUCUUGUGUAGGAAUCAA